AUGGCGGAAUGGGCGGUUCCCACUUCUUUAGAAGUCACCGCAGACAAAGAGAACACAUCAUCAGCUGAUGCUACCAGCUCUUGUGAGAACCUGGAAUGCUACAUGGUCCUGACAGACGCAGAGAAGACAGUCAUUGGCUCCAUCUGUUUCCUGGCAGGUCCUGUCACACUGCUGGAAAAUGCUCUUGUGCUGGUGGUGAUAGCUGCCACAGCCACCCUGCGGCAACGGCCUUCCUAUCUAUUCAUUGGCAGUCUUGCCCUGGCUGAUGUUUUUGCAAGCUGCUUCUUCACCACCAGCUUCCUGGACUUCCACCUCUUCCGCCGCAGCGAUGGCCCCACUGCCUACCUCUUUAAGUUAGGUGGUGUCACCAUGGCCUUCACGAGCUCAGUGGGGAGUCUACUGCUGACCGCCCUGGACCGUUACCUCUGCAUCCACCAGGCCUCCAGCUACAAGCUCCUAGUGACCCGCCGCCGAGCCCUGCUGAGCCUGCUGAUACUUUGGACUGCCACUAUCUUCCUCUCCUCCCUGCCUCUGAUCGGCUGGAGGUGUCCUACAGGUCUUUCCCCACCCUGCUCACGCCUCUUUCCCUACAUCAACAAGGCCUAUCUGGCCUGCUGGACCAGCUUUACCCUGGUGCUUCUGGCACUUAUUCUGGCUGCGUAUGCACUCGUCCUGUGGAAGGCCCACCGCCAUGUAUCCUCCAUGACCACCAUCAAGGGAGCAGCAGGGACAGGCCAUGCCCGCAUGAGGAUGGAUAUCCGGCUAGCACGGACCUUUGGCUUGAUCCUGCUCAUAUUGGUGGGCUGCUGGCUUCCUGCACUCUCCUUCAUGCUUGCUGAUGUCACUGUGGUCCUGACCCAUGCCCAACAGAGGGCCUUCGCCUUCUGCAGCACACUCUGCCUGGUUAACUCUGCAGUCAAUCCGCUGCUGUAUGCGCUGCGCUGCAGAGAGCUAAGAGUUGCUCUACUGCAGUUGCUACAGGGUCUUUGUGCGAUUGGGAGGUGUAAAAAAUCUAGAGGGGAUAUUAGCCCAGGUCUGCCCACCGAAGAAGAGAAUGAUUGUUCUGUAUUCACUGAGGAUGAGAUGCCAAAAACCCAACUUAGCUCUGUCUCAGAAAUGGUGAAGAGGCAGCAGCCGGAUAAUAGCAAAUGA